UCUGCCCUCGAGACACGAGGACAAACCCAGACAAGGUUUCUCAGUUCAACUCAAAGUAGAUGUGAAUGGCAGCGUGUGGAGGGUUCGGCUCUUUUCAGCUUGUGCUUCAGAUGAUGUUUUGACUUUAUUUGGUGCAGAACGUGGUUGAUCGGGUCAGUAUUUUGACCAUCUUUCAAGGGCCGACAGAGUUUGUGGCAGAAUUAGUACUCCGUAGAUGUUUCUUGUUGUCUAAUUUCUUAAUGCCAGGAUUAUUCCAACUGAUGGUUUUGUGUCAGUAGCCAGAUUUGAUAGAUUUGAUUGCUUCCGGAUUUUGGACUGAUUAUCUUAUUCCUAAGCAUUGAGAACUCAUUGAUCCUGCCACCAUGCCGUUCCGGAUCAUGUGCACCAUCUCCUUUUCUGCCGACGACGAGCCUGGCAGAGGGUUUGGCAAAGACGGUUUUGAAGACCACUACAAGCGGGUGAAGAAGAGUUACGGCGAAGGGGACUCGCAGGACUUCUUGGAUGGGGGCAGCCAGGCGGACGAUUACAAUGACGAGGAGGACAACGUCGGCGAGGUGGACAACCUCGCAGCUUUCUUCGACGGUUGCUCGCUCCAUGGCGCCAAUCACGUGUUUGUGGAGGACAAGAAGUUCGGCUUUCGCCAGGGUUUGUGGGCGGUGGUCUUCACCAUGGCCCUGUCCGCAUUCCUGUUCCAGGUAGUUGACAGGAUCAUGUACCUUUACCAGUAUGAUUACAUCACCAUGCUGGAUGAGAGAGUGGCCAACAACAUGACCUUUCCGGCAGUCACCCUGUGUAACUACAACUUUAUUCGGAAGUCUCAGAUGAGCUACAGUGACCUGAUUUUCAUGGGCCCUCUGCUGGGCUUUGAAGAAGGCAUGGCACCAGGGUUUCCUCUCGCCCCAGAGCCGGACCGCCUGCCGGGCUCCCGCUUCAGCCUGGACGAGUUUUACAACCGCACUCGACACCGUAUGGAGGACAUACUGCUGGAGUGCAGUUUCAGAGGCUUAGAAUGUGGCCCCGAGAGCUUCAGAGAGAUAUUCACGCGCUAUGGGAAGUGCUACACCUUUAAUUCAGGCCAAGAUGGACGACCCCUCAUGGUGACGAUGAAAGGCGGGAUGGGCAACGGCCUGGAACUGAUGUUGGAUAUCCAGCAGGAUGAAUACUUGCCUGUUUGGGGAGAGACUGACGAGACAUCGUUUGAAGCGGGGAUCAAAGUUCAGAUCCACACCCAGGAUGAGCCGCCGUUCAUAGACCAGCUGGGCUUUGGAGUGGCGCCGGGGUUUCAGACCUUUGUCUCCUGUCAAGAACAACGGCUGACGUACCUUCCUCCGCCGUGGGGCGACUGCAAGGCCACGGCGAUGGACUCAGACUUCUUCAGCACUUACAGCAUCACUGCCUGCCGGAUCGACUGCGAGACCCGAUACCUGGUGGAGAACUGCAACUGCAGGAUGGUCCACAUGCCUGGAGAUGCCCCAUACUGCACCCCGGAGCAGUACAAGGAGUGUGCAGAUCCCGCCUUGGACUUUCUUGUCGAGAGAGACAAUGACUACUGUGUGUGCGAGACGCCGUGCAACAUGACGCGCUACGGUAAAGAGAUGUCCUUUGUCAAGAUACCCAGCAAAGCGUCAGCCAAGUACCUCGCAAAGAAAUUCAACAAGACAGAGCAGUACAUAGCUGAUAACAUCCUGGUUCUGGAUAUCUACUUUGAGGCACUGAACUACGAAACCAUCGAACAAAAGAAAGCCUACGAAUUGGCAGGCCUUCUGGGUGAUAUUGGAGGUCAGAUGGGUCUCUUCAUCGGAGCCAGCAUCCUCACUAUUCUUGAACUUUUUGACUAUCUAUAUGAGGUGAUCAAGUACAAGCUGUGCCGAUGCGUGAAGAAGAAACACAAAAGCCGCAACAACAAUGACCGGGGAGCUGUGCUGAGCCUGGAUGAUGUGAAACGCCAUGCUCCUUGCGAGAACCUGCGUACACCAUCAACGUAUCCUGGCAACAUGCUACCUCAUCACCCGGCCCAGGCCAACUUUGAAGACUUCACUUGCUGAGCGAAACCCCGGGUGAAGCUUCGAAAUGCGUGUUAUGCAACCAAAGCCAACCAUACAACAAUAACUAUCCAGCACGGGGGAGAGUGUGAGGAACUGAUACAAAGUCUAACAGAGGCACUUUUUACAUAUGAAAGGGAGCAAAGCGGACAAAUCAAAUACGACAAAGAACUGUUCCCCGAGGCCAAGUGGAGAGGAUAUCCCAAAAAUAUAAAAAUAUCUGUUAAUUUUUUUCUGGAGAGCAUUUCACGCAGCACUGUUAAACUCUUCUAUCUCUGUUUUUUUCCUCUGGAAUACUGCCGAAAAAAAGGAUGCUCAUGGAGGAACCUUGCCAACACGGACCUCUCUUUUCAAAAGACGAAAAAACACACAAUGUAUAAAUAAACAAGGGAAGGUGUACAGCUAUCUCAGCGUAGACGGCAGAUCAUACAAAAGAGCCCCCAUGCCUUUAUAUAACACAGCAACACACCAUGGUCUCGCCUGCUAGUGGGACAAAAUGUUCAUACUGCUUACUCCACCGUACAUGUAGCAACAUAUGUAACUGCAGCGCUCCAUCCAAAACAACAGCUGGACUCUGUGUCGUUUGUACGAGAAUGUAUCCGUGUUCCAGAUGAGUGU